CACACCAUACCUCUCUCAAAACACACCCACCACACUCAUUUCACCAAUCUCCAAAAAGUUUCACACCCGAGCAACAACAAUGGCUUCAACUUCCACAAUUUCAAUGGCUGUGCCAUUAACCUGUGCCAGCAAGAAGCUAGAGGCACCAACCUCUCAAGCAUUCUUGAAGGCACCAUUGACUCUGAAGCCAUCAAAGUCUGUGGCAGCAGCAAGGUUUGUAGUGAAAGCAUCCUUGAAAGAGAAAAUUGUGACAGGUUUAACUGCAGCUGCAUUGACAGCUUCAAUGAUUUCUCCUGAUGUGGCUGAAGCUGCUACUGUUUCACCUUCCCUCAAGAAUUUCUUGCUCAGCAUCGUUUCUGGUGGUGUUGUGGUUACUGCUAUUCUUGGUGCUGUUAUCGGUGUUUCCAAUUUCGAUCCUGUUAAGCGAGGUUGAUGAAUUAUUUUCAGGCCCAGUGGGGUAUUUUAAUAUUUCUCUCAUCAUCUUAUCUUAUAUAUCUGUCUGUAUAACUCUGUUAUUUUUCAGUAAUCAAUCAACUCUUUUGUUGUGUGUAAUAUGUGACUCUUGACCAUGCAUUAGCUUUCCCUAUUCUUAAUA